CAGAUGGUGUCGGACUUUUAGCGCAAAAAACCAACUUUUUCCCACCUUCCAAGCCAAAACUCUCCGAGCUUAGUUUAGUUGUAUGCUUGCCAGUCAGCGAGGAAAAGAAAAGACCAAGAAAUAUACUAAACCACUCACAAAACUGGAUACGACUCGACGAUCCGUCGUCACCAACCACGCCACAAGAUUUUCGCCAAAGUCGUCCCUUGACGCCUACGUCGUCACGUCACGGUCAGGUCAACAUCUCGGCAUAAAAAAAUUGUCGACCCCAAAUUCCUCCCUGUAAAUAGUUCGAGUUUUAACCUGCAGCCGGGUAUUAAACUGUGGCCCGUUUAAAAGUUGUUAUACUGUCGUCAUUUCGGCGCUUAUCAUCUCUUGAAGCAGCAUGGCAACGACAACGGGGAAUCCGGUCGUUAAGAAUCUACUUAUCAAGGAUGCCAGUGGAAAUACUCAAAUGAUCGAAGUCGUGCAGACGGCUCCGGGAAAAUUUGUGACAGCAAGUGGUCAUGCAAUCAAGGCGGCGGGGACGCCGGGAGGUGUCAAAACGAUCAUUAGGACAUCGUCCGGGACGCAGGGCCAACAUAUAAUAACCGGUGGAUCGUCGCAGUUUAUUAGAACAUCUAACAUUGUUACAAAACCUAGCGGCGUUGUGACACAAGGAGGUCGUCAAAUGAUGGCAAUUCCAAUUCAGCAUCAGGGAGGAAUGGGUCAGACCAGAAUUCUUAAUGCAGCCAAUAUUAAAAUGGAGCCUGGCACACAUCAAAUUAUUCAGAGAUCAGGCGGAGGUCAAAUGGUUGUUGGAAAUUCCCAAGUUAUGCAAGUAAUACAGCACGGGAACCAACGACUCCUCCUCACACAAACCCCCAACGGUCCACAAUUGAUGCAGACUUCUCAGUUUGGUCAAGGGAACCAUAUGGGUCAACAAAUUCAAUUAGUGGCAGCAUCCCCUUCUUCGCCAGGAGGGUCACAAACACUCAGCCUUGGUUCCAAUCUAAAUUUCAAGCAAAACUUUAUCUCUCCUAUUCUUGAUCACACGGGUGCCCGAAAAAGGGUAGAUUUUCCUUCCGAUAUUUCUUAUGAGAGCAAAAGAAGGAAGUCCGAAAAGGGGGGGAAAGGUUUAAGACAUUUCAGUAUGAAAGUUUGUGAGAAAGUUAGAAAUAAGGGCAUCACAACGUACAAUGAGGUCGCAGAUGAAUUAGUACAAGAAUUUGCCACUCCCGGUGUUGGACUUAGCACAAUAGAGCAACAAUUUGAUCAGAAGAACAUUCGGAGAAGAGUUUACGAUGCACUCAACGUCCUUAUGGCUAUGAAUAUCAUCUCCAAAGAGAAAAAAGAAAUCAAGUGGUUAGGCCUUCCUACGAAUUCCAUGCAAGAAUGUACCACCCUUGAGAAGGAUAGACAAAAAAGGAUUGAAAGACUCAAACAGAAAACUCAACAACUUCAUGACCUCAUAAUUCAGCAAGUGGCAUUUAAAUCUCUGGUGGAACGUAAUAAGCAGAAAGAAAAAGAAACCGGUCCUCCACCUCCUCACGGAUCAAUUCAUUUACCCUUCUUAAUUGUCAACACUGCGAAAAAUACUGUCAUCGAUUGCUCCAUUUCCAAUGACAAAAUGGAGUACUUGUUCAACUUUGAUGGAACGUUUGAAAUUCACGACGACAUCGAAGUAUUGAAACGAAUGGGCCUCGCUCUCGGCUUGGACAAGGGCGAAUGUACGGACGAGGACGUUGAAAAAGCAAAGUCCGUUCUUCCCAAAGCACUGGGAAUCUAUGUCGACCAAAUUGCCAAACGAACGAAUGAUUGGCGUGCAGAAUUUGGAGAUUUAGAGUAUGAAGAGUACUACCAAGAUGGCGACAUGGAGGAAGACAACGCAGAAAAUGUCUGCUUCGAAGUCACCGGUAAUUCUACCCUCGGUCUCUCCACUACCGGAGACCUAUCCGGGAUUAACAUGUCUGUGGAAGAUCUUGAAAUGCAAGCAGCUAUCCAAUCCCUUCACCCAGACGCUGCUCAAGAUUUAGUUGAUGACGGUGACAUGGACGAAGAAAGUUAUGGUGAUGACGCUGAGGACGACGACCCUCUCUCAGAGUAAAUGACAGUGUAAACAAGUUAUGAAAGAUCAAAGAAUGUGCUCGGCUGGAAAUUAGCCCAUAGGAACGACUCUCACCAUAUUACCAGAAAUGGUUAGCAUUUUAAUGAUAAUUCGUAAAAUCUCUUUAGUCUUAUUACGGAUAGCAGAUCGAAACCUUCUUCUGGAGCAGCAAGACAGAUGGAUGACAUGGACAUGACCCGAUGAUGAUGACGAUGCUGUUGAUGUUUUUUUUUCUUUUCUCAUCUAGUAUUUUCCUCCAUUUUUGUUCUCGCCAGACAAUUUUCAGAGGUAUAGUAGUAGAUUAGUUAGUUAGUUUGACUACAUAAAUUAAUUAACGAUCGAAAGAAAGGACAUCAUGAUUUAUUUCGAAAGAUUUACCUUCACCUCACUAUUUUUUGUUAAGAGACUACGAAAUACGUAAUUGAUGAACAAGUCAAAUCCCUUAUUUUUUGACUUGGUUUAUGAUGAUAAUGAUGAUGAUAAUACCAUUAAAUUGACCACUUUGCCGUGAAUUGUAAUAUUAACACUGAAAAUAUUAACAUUAACCAAUAGGAAUUUAAUUAUUGCAUGCAAAAUAUUUAUUUAGCCACUACAAAUGAUGUUUUAAUAGCGAGAUGUAGCAAUGUUAUAUCGUGCAAAAUAAUAAUAAUUAAACAGUAUCGUUAGAUAAUUCCACACCCACACACAAUGUUGUAUUAUUAUAUCGUCCCUGAUAUCAUUUCAUGUAAAAUAUACCAAUUUCAAUUCAUUAAUAAUAGUAUUUGUCAUGCAUGAUCCUUCUUUGCCUCAAGUAAACAUUAAGUGUUAAAUAUAUUUUUAUUUUAUUGGGAAAAUUAUUGAAAAUUUAAUGAGACAAAAAUUCAAUAAUUUUAGAAAUGCAAUAAGAAAUCUUAUUAACACCAACUAUGCCAAAAAUGUAUAAGUUCUCGUCCCAUCAUUACUUUUGUCUCUGAUUUAAAAUCAUUUUUAAUUUUAGUAAAUUAAUUAUUAUGUAAAAUAAUUAGUAAAUAAUUAGGAAGUUGAGUGAGUAUGCACAAUUUUUUGAUAUACCGAAAUUACGAUAAACAAAGCGAAGGAGAGAAGAAGAGUAAGAAAGAAAUGUACAAAUCGCCACUUUACUACCACUUAGGUUUUGGACAUAUUCGUAGAAAAUAGAUCAACUAAUUACAUACAAAUUUUUGAAAUGCUUUCGUUUUUUAUUUUCACUAAAGAUUACCCCUUCUCUUUUUCUCUCUUGUGUAAAAAAAGUACCCAAAAUUGUAUAUCUGCGUAUAUAAAAAAAACAUCACAUAUUUUUUCUUAUAGUUUGCAAAUUUUAAGAUUUAUUUGUUAUAUGAUAAUUAGUUAACUACAUAAUUAAUGCAAAUCACUUUCUACUCAUUCUUGUACAUAGUUUUAAACCAAUAUAGAAAAGCAUACUGCCCAACUUAUCAAAGCUUAUCAUCAUCAUGAUAGUUUAUAAUAUGCUUGCAUUCUACACACUAUCCAAAGAAAGGAUACGCCCAUGCUAGCUUAAUUAUUUAGUUAAAUCAAAAGUGACCCGUUUAAAAACUGAACUUUUAGGUAGAAAUAAUAUCUCUGCGAAUAAAUUUCUAUACUCCGUGAAUAAAUUUAUUGACCAUUAAA